GACGUACAAGCAGAAAUAGAGUCAUUGAAUGAAAUAAGGAAGCUUGUAUCUUUAGGGAGCCUCGCACAACCAAGUAUAUGUCUUUAUACGUUUCAUCAUACACAGGAUCAGCUCAAUUGUAUUGUUAUAUCCGAGGAUGCAACGCUUAUAGCCGGAGGCUUUUCGGAAUCAUUUAUCAAAGUAUGGAACCUAAAAGGAGAGAAACUAAGAGAUAGAAAUGAAAUGGACAAAAGUAAGGCAAGCAGUUCUUCAUCAAAGCUAGUAGGUCACUCUGGUCCUAUUUUUGGCUUAAGCUUUAGUCAUGAUAACCAAUAUCUUAUAUCAUGUUCAGAAGACAAAACAGUAAGAUUAUGGUGCCUUAAAACAUACAAGAAUCUGGUAUGCUACAAAAGUCACAACUAUCCAAUUUGGGAUGUAGAUUUUGGACCAUACGGAUUUUACUUUGCUACUGCCUCACAUGAUCGGACAGCAAGAUUAUGGAGUUGUGAUCAUGUGCAUCCUUUACGAAUAUUUGCAGGGCAUUUAUCAGAUGUGAAUACAGUAAAGUUCCACCCGAAUUCUAAAUACCUUGUCACUGGAUCUUGUGAUAAAACGGUACGACUGUGGGAUGUUCAAAGAGGUACAUGUGUUCGAGUAUUCACUGGGCACACUGGCUCAGUUCAUGCAGUGGCCAUAUCACCCAAUGGUCGCUGGAUGGCAUCUGCAGGAGAAGACACUAAUAUUAUACUAUGGGACUUGGGAAGUGGCAGACGGCUCAAGACGAUGACAGGACAUACAGGGUUUAUUUAUUCUAUUACAUUUAAUGCAGAUAGUACCAUUCUUGUCUCGGGAAGUGGAGAUGGGACUGUGAGGGUGUGGGAUGUGAAUAAAAACACACCAAAUGAAUUUAGAGAAGAGCAAUCGUCAGAUUUUAAAAGGACAAAGCUGAAUGGGAAAGCAAAGGAUAAAAAAGACAAGAUGAAGCCAUUACUCAUGGAUUUGAACGCAAAAAAGAGCAAGAGGAACAUGUUGGAAAGUGAUGAUCACCUGUCAAUGUUCUCUACUAGAAACACACCAAUUUACAUUGUGCAAUUUACCAAGCGAAACUUAUGCUUAGCUGCUGGUGCAAAAACCCAUUUACCGGCAUUUGAUUUAUAA